AUGUUAAUUCCAAUUAUUCUCGUCUUAGCUUUAGCAAAAUGCUAAGAUGAAGUUAUAAAUCAAGAUGGUAUUGAAACAAUACAAGAAAUCUCCCCAGAAGAACAACUUAGAUUGCUAUAGGAAUAGAAACUAAAGAAAGAGAGAGACACUAUUUAUUAUACGUGCAUCAUUUUAGCCAGAAUGCAUUUGGGAAAUUAUGGAAGUGAACUUGUUGAGAUUGUAGAUAAUCAAGCUUCGAAGGAAGAACAAUAAAGUGUUUGGAUUAAAUUAUAUACAACCCAUGCAAUUUCAUGUUCCAAAUAGCUCAAUUAUGAUGAAAGUGUUUAAGUGUUAUUAUAAGUGAGAUCUGAGGAAUUUGAUCAUUCAAGGUUGCCUGCCUUAUUUUCUGAGAUCGAUUUUAAUUAAUUCAGAAAUGGUUCUUGGGAAAGAGAAAUCAGUGAAUAGGAGAACGCAGUGUGGAAAUACAUUGAAGAUUUCGAAUCUGCAUUGGCAGAAGAUUCAAACAAAAAAAAACAAUAGGAGAGAGAGCGAGACGACGAUUACGAUGAUUUAGAUUUAGAAUACUUGAAGAUUGCUGCAUAGUAGACAAAAGGGAAACAUAGAACUCUAUAUGAUUAUCAACCAAAAUUACAAAAAGCCAACCUUUCAGAUAUUGUAUUCUUAAUACUUGUAUUUCUUUGCAUUGGAGCAGGUAUAACGUGGAUUAUACGGAAAUUAAAUUCAGCAGAUGAAUAAUAGAAAAAGAAGAAAACUAAACAGAAUUGAUUUUGUUUUGUAUAAAUUUUAAUAGUAUUAUAUUAAUGUGA